GUUAAUAUCCGAAGCAGCCUGCUGCUAUCUUGGUGGUGCCAGAAAAGUCUAGAGGUGUAGCUUUGCUGCUUUACGCAGCCCGCACUGCGUACCAAAAACCUGCAGCACCAUCGCGAAUUGGUGCUCGGUCUGGCGUGCUUGCACAAAAAGAGACCAUUUGUGCUGAUGAUGAGGUCACUGCCUCCUAAAGCACUCGCUGUGGAGCCACUGCUGUGGAGCCAUUGAUAUAGGGACGGGGCUGGUCCAUAAAGCAAAAAGGCGUGGGCAGCUCAGCAGUGUCUGUCAUACACUCCUUCUCUAUUGUGCCUUAUUAGCUAUGGCUAGCCUACCUGACCGCACUGUGCUUUUAGACGGCGGCUUCGGCAUGCUGCUCGCCGACGAACACCCGGAGCUCGAAAUGGCCGACGGCCUGUGGGGCUCCGGCCUCGCUGCACGCUCGCCACAGGUAAUCAAAGACAUUCACCGCCAGUACCUCGACGCCGGCGCCGACAUCAUCACCACAGCCACCUACCAGGGGUUCGAAGACGGAUAUAGGACCGCCGGUCUAGCAGAGACGUCUGCCGAUGUGGCCAGGGUGUUUGCCGACACCAUAGUGCUGGCAGUCGAGGCGCGCGACGAGUAUGCACAGGCGCAUGGGAGACAGGCAAUGGUGGCAGUGUCGCUGGGCUCGAUUGGCGCGACGCUGGGCGAUUUGAGCGAGUACACGGGCGACUUUACCAAACGCAUUAGUGCCGAUGCAAUCGAGGCGUUUCAUUCACGGAGGUUUGAGCAGAUUGCACUGGCCCUUGGAACCGACAGGCUAAAGGGGAAGGCCGAGUUUAUUGCAGUGGAGACCAUCCCGUCGCUAAUCGAGGCCCGCGCUAUCGUCUCUGCACUCGACCGCAUAAACGCGUCCGGGCCACGGCUGCCACCUGCCUGGGUUUCCUUCUGUGGCAGCAAGCCCGACUGCAUUGGCUCUGGCGAGACCAUCGAGGAGGCUGUCAGGGUGGUGGAUGGCUCGCCUAGCGUUUUUGCGGUCGGCGCAAACUGCAUCCCCAUGGAGGUCGCUACCAAGCUCGUAGCUCGCAUGAAGACCGUGACGAACAAGCCGAUCCUGUGCUAUCCGAACGGUCAGAUCUGGGACGGCUCGCCCGCUUACAGCGAGCCCGCGCACAAGCAUCUACCAGAAAGCUUUGCAGCCGAGGCGAAGAAGUGGGCCCAGGCAGGGGCAAGAAUCAUCGGCGGAUGCUGCAAGACUACACCAAAACACAUUUGUGGACUGGAAAGGGCCUUUGGCAUUUAAUGCAUGACGCGGUAUGUGGGGGGAGGGAAAUGCCAAUAUCGUGUGUGGGGGAAAUAUGACACAUGGCAUAAAUGCGGCGCGCUCAUGUGUUUGCGCAGGAUGCGG